AUGAAGACCUCAGCCAUGGGACGGAAUCCAUCCAACAGCAUCAAGGAGCUACCGAUGGUUUCUGAAAAGAAAAAUAACAAUGACAACAAAAAACAUUGUCAAAUACAAAACCAGACACAGGAAGAACUAAAAAGGCUACAGAAUCCUUUAGCACAAGUGGACGAUGGAAAAUACUUGCUUGAGAAUCACCAGCUGGCCAUGGAUGUGGAGAACAACAUUGAGAAGUUCCCCCUCAGCCUCCAGCCCUUGGAGUCAAAAGUGAAAAUCAUCCAGCGAGCAUGGCGGGAGUACUUGCAGAGGCAAGACCCCCUGGAGAAGAGAAGCCCGUCCCCACCCUCCGUCUCUUCAGACAAGCUGAGCAGCUCUGUCAGCAUGAACACCUUCUCCGACAGCAGCACACCCGUGAGUGUCCCUGCCAGCUUGCUUGGACUGGCUUGCGCCGCAUAUGGAUUCCCCCCCCCCCCCCGCGCCGGCUCUUAUUCCAAGAAAAGAUCUUGA